UUCCCAUCAUGCGCCGCUGCAUGGAUACAGGGUGGCAGUGCAGAGUGUGAGUGGCGGCGGUGAAAGUUGGCAUGAUUACAUAUACUUUAUCCUGAUCACAAACAGUCGUUUUACUCGUGUCAGCUAUAGGCGGCUAGCUGGUUUAGUUAGUACCAUACCCCCCACCCCGGUAGCAAAGCAACAGCUUGCGGUGUUGGUAUCAGGUAACGGGAGAGACUGAUGGCCGGAAGUGAGACUGUCCUCUUCCACCGGCGCUAUGCAGUUUUGAAUCUGACCGUCUGGGAACCGCUUUCUCCAAGCUUCAUCACUCGCUUUUUGAGUUCCGGUUAUUUGGCAUCGAUUGUUUGAAGAGUAAUAUUAUGUUGAUAAACUGAAGCAAGUUCAAAUGUGACAGAUACUUUAAUUAUGGAUGAUUUCAAGAGAACUUACCUUUGCCUUUGUAAAGAAGCUGGUAUUGAGCCACAGGAAUGUAUUCUGAAGCAAUUGCAUGAUGGUUGUAAUGAGAACUUAAGGAAAAGGCUGGAUCUCUCUACACAGUCUCUAUCUGUUGACACAUGUGCUGUCCUGGGAAAGGUUUUAACGAAUGACAUAGUGUUCACAGAGAUACUUCUCUGUGACUGCAUGCUAAGUGAAGAAGGUGCCAAACUGCUUUUGUAUGGAUUCUGUGUAAACACUACAAUCCAGACUUUAGACAUGAAGGGUAAUAAUCUACGAGCGGCUGGAGCUGAAGCACUGGGGAAAUUAUUGCGGCAUAAUAAAUCUCUCAAAAAUUUGAUAUUGGAAUGGAAUGCUCUUGGAAUGUGGGAAGAAGGAUUUUGUAUAUUCUGUGAGGGAGUCAGAACCAACAAAUGUCUUAAACGUCUGGACCUACGCAAUAACCAGAUCAACCACCAGGGUGUAGGAGAGCUGGCAUUGGCCUUAAAACACAAUGAUGCACUGGAGGAACUCGACCUUCGCUGGAAUAAUGUUGGCCUCUUAGGCGGUCGAGCAUUACUUUGUGCAUUACAACAAAACAAAACCUUAACGCGUCUAGAACUGGCUGGAAAUAACAUCCCCAGUGAUUUAUUGAAAGCUAUAGAGCAAGCAGUAAGUCAUAACUCAGACUGUCAAACAACCUUGAGAGAGAGCAGAUCACGUUCAAAAGUCCUCAGCAAUGAGAUCCAGUGUUUGAAAGUGGAGAAAAACAAGCAGUUCCUGAACAUGAUGGGUGUAAUUGAUCAACAAAAGGAGGAAUUGACACGAAGCAGUAGGAAUGCUGCAAUGCAAGUUGGACAGCUACAGGAAGCACUAACUGAGAAGAGUUCUAUCAUCAAUUCUUUGCGAGCAAAAGUGCAAAUGACAGAUGCUGCUUUAACAUUAUCAGAACAAAAGUCAAAUAACCUGAAAGAGCUCUUAGAGAAGACAAAAUUGGAAAAUUUUGCAUUAAAAGAGAGACAUUCAAAGGAGCUUAAGAAAGAGCAAGAGGAAGCAUGUAAUCGAGAAGCAAAGCUGGCUAGGGAGUUAAAUGCAGCAAAUGGAAAAAACAUGGAACUCAAAAACAAGAUGGAUGAAUUGGAGCGAAGAUGUAAAGUCCAGCAUGAUCAGAUUUGCCACCUGAAACAAGAAUUGGUCAAUGUGACUGCUGAGAUGAAGCAGAGAAUAGUCCAGACUGAGGAGCGCCUUGAAGUUGAGAAGAAGAGAUUUAAGCAACUCCUGGAUGAUUCAGAAGUAUUAAGAAAGAAGGAGGUGGAGCACAUGAACUUACAGAUGCAAGAGAAUGAGCAGUGUCUGCAAGACAGAAUUCAGAAACUUGAAAAUAUUAGAAUUCAGCUAGAAACAGAGCUGAGCCAUCUAAAGGCAUCUGUUGUAACUCAUCGAGCACUAGCUGAAGAGGAGUUGAUAAAAAUGAAGAACCAAAUUCGAUUGGAGGAGCAAGAGCGAUUGGUCAGCUUUGAAGAGAAACUUCAUCUCGUUAGCCAGUCACGUGAUGAAUGCCAAAAUCGAUGUACUAUGCAAAAGCAAACCAUCAGUGACUUACAAGCAAAGAAUAACAAGUUUACUUUUGAAGUUGAAGGUUUAAAGCGCCGCAUUGAAGAACUCACUCAGGAAUUAUCUGGUAAGGACCAAGAGAAAGUUGCAGAGGUUAAUAAUGUACGGGUAGAACUCCAGGAGCAAAUUGGUCAUCUGCAUGCAGAACGAAUAGCACAGGAAGGACUCAAAGAGAAGAUUUCAGCUUUAGAAAGACAACUGAAAGUACAGUCAAGUAAUCACCGAGAUGCCAUGUUGGAUAAAGAGAGCGAAAUUAGCUCUUUAUUGGAAAAAGUCCGACUGAAAGAGAACGAAAUUGUGCGAAUGAAAGAAGACGAAGCACAACGAGCUAGUUUCCUACAUAAUGCGAUCAUUUCCUAUGUACAUAGCUCUCCAUAUGGUGCUCAGUGUACAAAGAAAUGAAACUUUACAGCAAAAUGAAAAGUCGGCAACAAGUAAAGAGAGGCAGAUUUUUUUCCAAAUUUCAGAUUACAAAGUGGUGCAAAAUUGAAGGUGGAAUAAAAAUGAUAGGUUUAGGGAUGAAAGAUUAUGCUUUGAUCUAGGUAAUAUCAAGCUUCAAGAAUGGAAUGAUACUGGCAAAUACUUGAUGCACUGUUCAUACCCAGAAAAGGGUUUCUAAAUUUGUGAUCUGAAUGAGCAGAACUGAAGUUUUGAGAUCACUACGUUAUAAAGUUUGAGAAAAGGAACAGGCCUGAAAAA